GCAGUAACCAUGUGGAUGUGCUGCUGAAGCGUUUCCUCAAGCUCGCUGGGGUGGGAGGAGAGGAGGAGGAGGAGGAGGAGGUGGAGGAGGAGGAGGCAGGGGGAGGAGAGAGAAGGCGCACGCCGAGAGGAGGUGUGGGUGUUCCGCUUCCAUCCUAACGGAACGAGCUCCCUCUUCGCGGACAUGGGAUUACCCGGCGGCUGCUAACCCCUCUCCUCGCCCUGCUCCCCCAAACCGGCGUGGCUCCCCGGGCACCAAGGAGCUGACUCCAGAGGAGCAGGAUUUGCACCCCUGGCUGAGCCUGUUUUGGCAACAGAGUGCCUGACUCCGGUCAGGAUUUUCGAGAAAGACAUGUCUGACAAAAUGUCUAGUUUUCUACAUAUUGGAGACAUUUGUUCUCUGUACGCCGAAGGAUCGACAAAUGGAUUUAUUAGCACCUUGGGCCUGGUUGAUGAUCGUUGUGUUGUACAGCCAGAAACCGGGGACCUUAACAAUCCACCUAAGAAAUUCAGAGACUGCCUCUUUAAGCUAUGUCCCAUGAACCGCUACUCCGCCCAGAAGCAGUUCUGGAAAGCCGCGAAGCCAGGGGCCAACAGCACGACAGAUGCAGUGCUGCUCAACAAACUGCACCAUGCUGCAGACUUGGAAAAGAAGCAGAAUGAGACAGAAAACAGGAAAUUGCUGGGGACUGUAAUCCAGUAUGGCAAUGUGAUCCAGCUCCUACAUUUGAAAAGUAAUAAAUACCUAACUGUGAAUAAGAGGCUUCCGGCCCUGCUGGAGAAGAACGCCAUGAGAGUGACAUUGGACGAGGCCGGAAACGAAGGCUCCUGGUUUUAUAUCCAGCCGUUCUACAAGCUGCGGUCCAUCGGAGACAGCGUGGUCAUAGGUGACAAGGUGGUCCUGAACCCCGUCAAUGCCGGUCAGCCCCUGCACGCCAGCAGCCACCAGCUGGUAGAUAACCCAGGCUGCAACGAGGUCAAUUCCGUCAACUGCAACACCAGCUGGAAAAUUGUCCUUUUCAUGAAAUGGAGUGAUAACAAAGAUGACAUACUAAAGGGAGGUGACGUGGUGAGGCUGUUCCACGCUGAGCAGGAGAAGUUUCUCACCUGUGACGAGCACAGGAAGAAGCAGCACGUCUUCCUGCGAACCACGGGCCGGCAGUCAGCCACGUCUGCCACCAGCUCCAAAGCCCUGUGGGAGGUGGAGGUGGUCCAGCAUGACCCAUGUCGGGGCGGAGCUGGCUAUUGGAACAGCCUCUUCCGUUUCAAACACCUGGCCACAGGGCAUUACUUAGCAGCAGAGGUAGACCCUGACUUUGAGGAAGAAUGCCUGGAGUAUCAGCCCUCAGUGGACCCUGAUCAGGAUGCAUCUCGAAGCAGGUUACGAAAUGCCCAAGAAAAGAUGGUGUACUCCCUGGUCUCUGUGCCCGAAGGCAAUGACAUCUCCUCCAUUUUUGAGCUAGACCCCACCACUCUCCGUGGAGGUGAUAGCCUUGUCCCAAGGAACUCCUAUGUUCGACUCAGACACCUGUGUACUAAUACCUGGGUUCACAGCACAAAUAUUCCUAUUGACAAGGAAGAAGAAAAACCCGUGAUGCUGAAAAUUGGCACCUCCCCCGUGAAGGAGGAUAAGGAAGCCUUCGCCAUAGUUCCAGUUUCUCCAGCUGAAGUUCGGGACCUGGACUUUGCCAAUGAUGCCAGCAAGGUGCUGGGCUCCAUCGCGGGGAAGCUGGAGAAGGGCACCAUCACCCAGAAUGAACGAAGGUCUGUAACCAAGCUGCUGGAAGAUUUGGUUUACUUUGUCACCGGUGGAACUAAUUCUGGCCAAGACGUGCUUGAAGUGGUCUUUUCCAAACCCAACAGAGAACGGCAGAAACUGAUGAGAGAACAGAAUAUUCUCAAGCAGAUCUUCAAGCUGCUACAGGCCCCCUUCACAGACUGCGGCGACGGCCCGAUGCUCCGGCUGGAGGAGCUUGGGGACCAGCGGCACGCUCCCUUCAGACACAUCUGCAGGCUCUGCUACCGGGUGCUGAGACACUCGCAGCAAGACUACAGGAAGAACCAGGAGUAUAUAGCCAAGCAAUUUGGCUUCAUGCAGAAGCAGAUUGGCUAUGACGUGUUGGCCGAAGACACUAUCACUGCCCUGCUCCAUAAUAAUCGGAAACUCCUGGAAAAACACAUCACUGCAGCAGAGAUUGACACGUUUGUCAGUCUGGUGCGAAAGAACAGGGAGCCCAGAUUCUUAGAUUACCUCUCUGACCUCUGCGUCUCCAUGAACAAAUCGAUUCCAGUGACCCAGGAACUGAUAUGCAAAGCUGUGCUGAAUCCCACCAACGCCGACAUCCUCAUCGAGACCAAGUUGGUUCUUUCUCGUUUUGAAUUUGAAGGCGUGUCUACAGGAGAGAAUGCUCUGGAGGCAGGUGAAGAUGAGGAAGAGGUGUGGCUGUUCUGGAGGGACAGCAACAAAGAGAUUCGCAGUAAGAGUGUACGGGAACUGGCGCAGGAUGCCAAGGAAGGGCAGAAGGAAGACCGAGAUGUUCUCAGCUACUACAGGUAUCAGCUGAACCUCUUUGCUAGGAUGUGUCUGGACCGCCAGUACUUGGCCAUCAACGAAAUUUCAGGCCAGCUGGACGUAGAUCUCAUUCUCCGCUGCAUGUCUGACGAGAACCUGCCCUACGACCUGAGGGCGUCCUUCUGCCGUCUCAUGCUUCACAUGCACGUGGACCGGGAUCCCCAGGAGCAGGUCACGCCCGUGAAAUACGCCCGCCUCUGGUCGGAGAUUCCCUCUGAGAUCGCCAUCGAUGACUAUGAUAGUAGUGGAGCUUCCAAAGAUGAAAUUAAGGAGAGGUUUGCUCAGACCAUGGAAUUUGUGGAGGAGUAUUUAAGAGAUGUGGUUUGUCAGAGGUUUCCUUUCUCUGAUAAGGAGAAAAAUAAGCUUACGUUUGAGGUUGUAAAUUUAGCUAGGAAUCUCAUAUACUUUGGUUUCUACAACUUCUCUGACCUUCUGCGAUUAACCAAGAUCCUCCUGGCCAUAUUGGACUGUGUGCACGUGACGACGAUCUUCCCCAUCAGCAAGAUGGCGAAAGGAGAAGAGAAUAAAGGUAACAAUGAUGUGGAGAAGCUGAAGAGCAGUAACGUGAUGAGGUCUAUUCACGGAGUGGGAGAACUGAUGACCCAGGUGGUGCUCCGGGGAGGAGGCUUUUUGCCCAUGACUCCCAUGGCUGCCGCCCCCGAGGGCAACGUGAAGCAGGCAGAGCCGGAGAAGGAGGACAUCAUGGUUAUGGACACCAAGCUGAAGAUCAUUGAGAUACUCCAGUUUAUUUUGAAUGUGAGGUUGGAUUAUAGGAUCUCCUGCCUCCUGUGUAUAUUUAAACGGGAGUUUGAUGAAAGCAAUUCCCAGACUUCGGAAACAUCCUCCGGAAACAGCAGCCAAGAAGGGCCCAGUAACGUACCAGGUGCUCUUGACUUUGAACACAUUGAAGAGCAAGCAGAAGGCAUCUUUGGAGGAAGUGAGGAGAACACCCCACUGGACCUGGAUGAUCAUGGCGGCCGAACCUUCCUCCGCGUCUUGCUCCACUUGACAAUGCACGACUACCCGCCCCUGGUGUCAGGGGCCCUGCAGCUUCUCUUUCGGCACUUCAGUCAGAGGCAGGAGGUGCUCCAGGCCUUCAAACAGGUUCAACUGCUGGUUACCAGCCAAGACGUGGACAACUACAAACAGAUCAAACAAGACUUGGAUCAGCUGAGGUCCAUCGUGGAAAAGUCAGAGCUCUGGGUAUACAAAGGGCAGGGCCCCGAUGAGACCAUGGAUGGUGUGUCUGGUGAAAAUGAGCAUAAGAAAACAGAGGAGGGGAAUAACAAGUCGCAAAAGCAUGAAAGCACCAGCAGCUACAACUACAGAGUGGUCAAGGAGAUCUUGAUUCGACUCAGCAAACUCUGUGUCCAGGAGAGCGCGACCGUGCGGAAGAGCAGGAAGCAGCAGCAGCGACUGCUGCGGAACAUGGGCGCGCACGCCGUGGUGCUGGAGCUGCUGCAGAUUCCCUACGAGAAGGCCGAAGAUACCAAGAUGCAGGAGAUAAUGAGGCUGGCUCAUGAAUUUCUGCAGAAUUUCUGCGCGGGCAACCAGCAGAAUCAAGCUUUGCUACAUAAACACAUAAACCUGUUUCUCAACCCAGGGAUCCUGGAGGCACUCACGAUGCAGCACAUCUUCAUGAAUAACUUCCAGCUUUGCAGUGAGAUCAACGAGAGAGUUGUUCAGCAUUUCGUUCACUGCAUAGAAACUCACGGCCGGAACGUCCAGUACAUAAAGUUCUUGCAGACGAUUGUCAAGGCAGAAGGGAAAUUUAUUAAGAAGUGCCAAGAUAUGGUCAUGGCUGAGCUGGUCAAUUCAGGAGAGGACGUCCUUGUGUUCUACAACGACAGAGCCUCUUUCCAGACUCUGAUCCAGAUGAUGCGGUCGGAGCGGGACCGGAUGGAUGAGAAUAGCCCUCUCAUGUACCACAUCCACUUGGUCGAGCUCUUGGCUGUAUGCACAGAGGGCAAGAACGUCUACACGGAGAUAAAGUGCAACUCCCUGCUCCCCCUGGAUGACAUCGUUCGCGUGGUCACCCACGAGGACUGCAUCCCCGAGGUUAAAAUUGCAUACAUUAACUUCCUGAAUCACUGCUAUGUGGAUACUGAGGUGGAAAUGAAGGAGAUUUACACCAGCAAUCACAUGUGGAAAUUGUUCGAGAAUUUCCUUGUAGACAUCUGCAGGGCCUGUAACAACACAAGUGACAGGAAACACGCCGACUCAAUUCUGGAGAAGUACGUGACCGAAAUUGUCAUGAGUAUUGUGACUACCUUCUUCAGCUCUCCCUUCUCAGACCAGAGUACGACUUUGCAGACGCGCCAGCCCGUCUUUGUGCAGCUGCUGCAAGGCGUGUUCAGGGUUUACCACUGCAACUGGCUGAUGCCGAGUCAGAAAGCCUCCGUGGAGAGCUGCAUUCGGGUGCUCUCUGAUGUAGCCAAGAGCCGGGCCAUUGCCAUUCCUGUGGACCUGGACAGCCAAGUCAACAACCUCUUCCUGAAAUCCCACAACAUUGUGCAGAAAACAGCCAUGAACUGGCGGCUAUCCGCCCGCAAUGCCGCUCGCAGAGACUCUGUUUUGGCCGCUUCCAGAGACUACCGGAACAUCAUUGAGCGAUUGCAGGACAUCGUCUCUGCGCUGGAGGACCGUCUCAGGCCCCUGGUGCAGGCAGAGUUAUCUGUGCUGGUGGACGUUCUCCACAGACCCGAGCUGCUUUUCCCGGAGAACACAGACGCCAGAAGGAAAUGCGAAAGUGGCGGUUUCAUUUGCAAGUUAAUAAAGCAUACUAAACAGCUGCUGGAGGAAAAUGAGGAGAAGCUCUGCAUUAAAGUCCUACAGACCCUCAGGGAAAUGAUGACCAAAGACAGAGGAUAUGGAGAAAAGGGUGAGGCACUCAGGCAAAUUUUGGUCAACCGUUACUAUGGAAACAUCAGACCUUCAGGAAGAAGAGAGAGCCUUACCAGCUUUGGCAAUGGCCCACUAUCACCAGGAGGACCCAGCAAGCCUGGGGGAGGAGGGGGAGGUUCCGGAUCCAGUUCCACGAGCAGGGGUGAGAUGAGCCUGGCUGAGGUUCAGUGUCACCUUGACAAGGAGGGGGCCUCCAAUCUGGUAAUCGACCUCAUAAUGAACGCGUCCAGUGACCGAGUGUUCCAUGAAAGCAUUCUCCUGGCCAUUGCCCUUCUGGAAGGAGGCAACACCACCAUACAGCACUCCUUUUUUUGCCGGUUGACAGAAGAUAAGAAGUCAGAGAAAUUCUUUAAGGUCUUUUACGACCGAAUGAAGGUGGCCCAGCAAGAAAUCAAAGCCACGGUGACAGUGAACACCAGUGACUUGGGAAAUAAAAAGAAAGAUGAUGAGGCGGACAGGGAGGCUCCCACACGGAAAAAAGCUAAAGAGCCCACGACACAGAUAACGGAAGAGGCUCGGGAUCAGCUCCUGGAGGCAUCCGCUGCCACCAGGAAGGCCUUCAGCACCUUCAGGAGGGAGGCCGACCCCGACGACCACUACCAGGCCGGGGAGGGCACCCAGGCCACGGCCGACAAGACCAAGGACGACCUGGAGAUGAGCGCGGUCAUCACCAUCAUGCAGCCCAUCCUCCGCUUCCUGCAGCUCCUGUGCGAAAACCACAACCGAGACCUGCAGAACUUCCUUCGUUGCCAAAAUAACAAGACCAACUACAACUUGGUGUGUGAGACGCUGCAGUUUCUGGACUGCAUUUGUGGAAGCACGACUGGAGGCCUUGGUCUUCUCGGAUUGUAUAUAAACGAAAAGAACGUAGCUCUUAUCAACCAAACCCUGGAGAGUCUGACCGAAUACUGCCAAGGACCUUGCCACGAGAACCAGAACUGCAUAGCCACCCAUGAAUCCAAUGGCAUCGACAUCAUCACAGCCCUGAUUCUUAAUGACAUCAACCCUUUGGGAAAGAAGAGGAUGGACCUUGUGUUAGAACUGAAGAACAAUGCCUCCAAGUUGCUCCUGGCCAUAAUGGAAAGCAGGCAUGACAGUGAAAACGCAGAGAGGAUUCUUUAUAACAUGAGGCCCAAGGAACUGGUGGAAGUGAUCAAGAAAGCCUACAUGCAAGGUGAAGUGGAAUUUGAGGAUGGGGAAAAUGGUGAGGACGGAGCUGCCUCCCCCAGGAACGUGGGGCACAACAUCUACAUACUAGCUCAUCAGUUGGCUCGACAUAACAAAGAACUUCAGAGCAUGCUGAAACCUGGUGGCCAAGUGGACGGAGAUGAAGCGCUGGAGUUUUAUGCCAAGCACACGGCACAGAUAGAGAUUGUCAGAUUAGACCGAACAAUGGAACAGAUCGUCUUUCCCGUGCCCAGCAUAUGUGAAUUUCUAACCAAGGAGUCCAAACUACGAAUUUACUACACCACAGAGAGGGACGAGCAAGGCAGCAAAAUCAACGACUUCUUCCUACGCUCCGAAGACCUCUUCAACGAGAUGAACUGGCAGAAGAAACUGAGAGCCCAGCCCGUGCUGUACUGGUGCGCACGCAACAUGUCCGUCUGGAGCAGCAUCUCCUUCAACCUGGCCGUCCUGAUGAAUCUGCUUGUGGCAUUUUUCUACCCAUUCAAAGGAGUCCGAGGAGGAACACUGGAGCCACACUGGUCAGGACUCCUGUGGACGGCCAUGCUCAUCUCUCUGGCCAUCGUCAUCGCCCUUCCUAAGCCCCAUGGCAUCCGGGCCUUAAUUGCCUCCACAAUUCUACGAUUGAUAUUUUCAGUUGGGUUACAACCCACGUUGUUUCUUCUGGGAGCUUUCAACGUCUGCAAUAAAAUCAUCUUUCUAAUGAGCUUUGUGGGCAACUGUGGCACGUUCACCAGGGGCUACCGAGCCAUGGUUCUGGAUGUCGAGUUCCUUUAUCAUUUGUUAUACCUGCUGAUCUGCGCCAUGGGGCUCUUUGUCCACGAAUUCUUCUACAGUUUGCUGCUCUUUGAUUUAGUGUACAGAGAAGAGACCUUGCUUAAUGUCAUUAAAAGUGUCACCCGCAAUGGACGGUCUAUCAUCUUGACAGCGGUUCUGGCUCUGAUCCUGGUUUACCUGUUCUCAAUAGUGGGCUAUCUUUUCUUCAAGGAUGAUUUUAUCUUGGAAGUAGAUAGGUUGCCCAACGAAACAGCUGUUCCAGAAACCAGCGAGAGUUUGGCAAAUGAGUUCCUGUUCUCUGAUGUGUGCAGGGUGGAGACUGGGGAGAACUGUUCCUCUCCUGCACCCAAAGAAGAGCUGGUCCCCGUGGAGGAGACGGAGCAGGAUAAGGAGCACACGUGUGAGACGCUGCUGAUGUGCAUCGUUACUGUACUGAGUCACGGGCUGCGGAGCGGGGGCGGAGUGGGCGACGUGCUCAGGAAGCCAUCCAAAGAGGAACCCCUCUUUGCUGCUAGAGUGAUUUACGACCUCUUGUUCUUCUUUAUGGUCAUCAUCAUCGUCCUUAACCUGAUUUUUGGGGUUAUCAUUGACACUUUUGCCGACCUGAGGAGUGAGAAGCAGAAGAAGGAAGAGAUCUUAAAGACCACGUGCUUUAUCUGUGGCUUGGAAAGAGACAAGUUUGACAACAAGACUGUCACCUUUGAAGAGCACAUCAAGGAAGAACACAACAUGUGGCACUAUCUGUGCUUCAUCGUCCUGGUGAAAGUAAAGGACUCCACGGAAUACACCGGGCCUGAGAGUUACGUGGCAGAGAUGAUCAAGGAAAGAAAUCUUGACUGGUUCCCCAGGAUGAGAGCCAUGUCCUUGGUCAGCAGCGACUCCGAGGGAGAACAGAAUGAGCUGAGGAACCUGCAGGAGAAGCUGGAGUCCACCAUGAAGCUUGUCACUAACCUUUCUGGCCAGCUGUCAGAACUGAAGGAUCAGAUGACAGAACAAAGGAAGCAGAAACAAAGAAUUGGUCUUCUAGGACAUCCUCCUCACAUGAAUGUCAACCCACAGCAACCAGCCUAAGCAAAUGAAAUAAAGGAAUUGUAUACCUUUUAUAAUUAUUAUUAGUGUGGGUAUGGCUAAUUAGUUCUGAUUCACCCACUAAGGUUACAUUUAUGCUUAGUACAUUUGUAAAUACUCAGUUUUAUACUGUAUGUAUAUGAUUGCUACUCUAAAGGUUUGGAUAUAUGUAUUGUAAUUAGAAUUGUUGGCAUGAUGACAUUUCAUUUGUGCCAAAAAUAUUAAAAAUACCUUUUUUGGAAGGACUAAAGAAAGCACCUGAUUUGCACUUGAACCAUAUUAUAGAUUUAAAAGUAUAUGACAUGUAUUUUGUAUUUAAAACUAGAAUAGCCAGUAUUUAUGUUUUUUAUAAAACUGUGCAAUACAAAUUAUGCAAUCACAAUAAAUUUGUAACUCCCGAGUGUUCUAAAGGGAGUGCAUAUCUUUGAAGCUGGUGUGUUAAUACUAUGUAAUAAAUGGUUAAAUAUCAAACGAUGCUGCUGCCAAAAUUAUAUUACUAGUGAGUUUCAGGCCCCUGGGCGUUUUGUACCAUAUAAUUAUCCUAUGGUGAUGCUGUUUCUCGUUGCUAGUGGCAUUAGUGCCAACGUCUCAGUGAUGAUGCUCCAAGUCUAUGAACUGUUAAAUCAGCAUUCAUUUUAAGAAAAGCAACUUUAGUUUCAAAGAUACUUUUAAGCUUCUAAAUUGAUCAUUUAAAAUAUUUCUUUAAGUAAGAGGGCCAAAUUAGAGGCUCAUACUUUAGCUUGUGAAGAAGAUAAUGAAUUUUUUUAAAGGGAACUUUUUAUGCAAUGUUCAGGAUAAACGCAUAUUGCUGGCCAAUCAGUGUCAUCUCCUGGGUGAAUAUUGAUGUCACGUUGUAAAGAAAUGAAUAAUUGAGGGUUUCUAGAUUAUCUAGUCCAAACAAUAGUUUAUUUUGUUCUUCAUCUGAACCAACAUGCUACAGUAGCUAAGAAGUAUUAAAACUAUAUACAUCCAUAUAAAGAUUAUCCCAUUAGAAGUCAUAGUUGAACACUGACAUGUUACUCUUCUGAAAGAGCCACGUUUUGGUUUUAUUUCUUUGUCACAUGAUUUCUCGAUGGAUGAAAAGUACGAAAGGAAACUUUUAUAUCUGUUGCCUAGUUUUGUACAUGGAUCUCAUUUUACAAGAGAAUCUUCUCUGCAAAGAAGUUUUAAAAUGUACUGAAAGCAGAAUUCUGAAAUGAGUAAAGUUUGUAAAUGCAUAUAUAAAAAUAUUUAAUAAAUGAUGCAGAAUA